GAAUCUCCGCCGAGCAGCGCUCGGCUCCCCUCGGGAGGCGCUGGUAGCAGUUGGAGGUUGGCGGCGCGUGAGGGCGGUGGUGUCCCAGGGGCGCUCGCCCCGAGUGAGCCAGUCUGGCCGCGGCGGUUGCGCGCUCCGCCUCCUCCCCCCCCUCCGUGGUGCUGGCUGGUGUCGCUGGCUGCAGUGAUUGGAGUCCUGCUCCCCCCUCCCGCGCGCAGGGGGCUCUGGCUGGGCGUCGGGAUUGCGAGCUGUGGCGGCGGAGCCUGCGCCGUGUCCCCUCUCCUCGCGCCCCCGCCUCCACCCCCACCGUCUAGCCGGGCCGUGUGAGGCCAGGAGCCGCUCGCAGGGUGACACGGGGAGCGACCCCCAGCGAAGAGAAUGACGGAGCCCUGCGACGGAUUAAUAGAAAUAUGCAUUGCUAUAAUAUCAUAUUGGAAUUGAUGAAGUGGAAAUACAGAUGAAGACAGUCUGAAGAAGAUUUUACAUAAAAUAUAGUCUCAUCCAACUCCCCAACUGAGGUAUAAAAGGCUGUUCGUUGAAACAAGAAGACUUUAGCUGCUGAAAGUUGGAUAUGAAGAUGGGAGAAUUGAGAGUUUGGUCCACCUGAGAGGAGGAGACAAGUUGGAAUAUUUAUUAAAUCAUCACUGCUGUCAACCACCAAAUCUCAUCAGGCUUCACUGAACAAACCAAGUUUAAAAUUUGUCAAGCAGCAGGGCCAGUUGCUAAGGGUGACAGUGCACGGGAAGGAUUAAAAGUGAACAAUGACUCAACUGAAAGUAUGCGUGAGAUUACUGGGAGCCUAUCUGUUCAUCAGUCUUCAUGUUCAAGGGCAAAAUCUAGACAGCAUGCCCCAUGGCACAGGAAUGAAGACAAAUCCUGACCAGAAGAAACAGGCAAAUGGAGUAACAUUGGCUCCAGAGGACACCUUACCUUUUCUACAGUGCUACUGUUCAGGACAUUGUCCCGAUGAUGCUAUUAAUAAUACAUGCAUAACUAACGGGCAUUGCUUUGCCAUUGUUGAAGAAGAUGAACAUGGAGAACCCAUGCUUGCUUCAGGUUGCAUGAAGUAUGAAGGUUCAGAUUUUCAGUGCAAGGAUUCCCCAAAAGCACAGCUACGUCGGACAAUUGAAUGCUGUCGAACUGAUUUCUGCAAUCGGGAUCUACAGCCCACACUACCGCCACUUGGUAGUACAGAUGGACUUUUUGAUGGCAGCGUUCGUUGGAUGGCAAUGCUGAUUUUUAUGGCAGUCUGCAUCAUUGUUAUGAUCAUCUUACUUAGCUGCUUUUGUUACAAACAUUACUGUAGAUGGGCAGCAAAGAGACGUUGUUAUAAUCGUGAUCUGGAGCAAGAUGAAGCAUUUAUUCCAGCUGGGGAGUCAUUAAAGGAUCUUAUUGACCAGUCACAGAGUUCUGGCAGUGGAUCAGGACUACCUCUGUUGGUUCAGCGCACUAUUGCCAAACAGAUUCAGAUGGUGCGGCAAGUUGGGAAAGGGCGAUAUGGUGAGGUGUGGAUGGGUAAAUGGCGAGGCGAAAAAGUGGCAGUCAAAGUAUUUUUUACCACUGAGGAAGCCAGUUGGUUCAGAGAAACUGAGAUUUACCAGACUGUUCUAAUGCGUCAUGAAAACAUACUUGGUUUUAUAGCCGCUGAUAUUAAAGGCACAGGCUCCUGGACACAACUUUACUUGAUUACAGAUUACCAUGAAAAUGGAUCCUUGUAUGACUUCCUGAAAUGUGCCACACUUGACAACAGGGCUUUGCUCAAACUGGCUUAUUCUGCUGCAUGUGGUCUGUGCCAUCUACACACAGAAAUUUAUGGGACACAAGGCAAGCCUGCUAUUGCACACAGGGACCUGAAGAGUAAAAAUAUCUUGAUAAAGAAAAAUGGAAGCUGCUGUAUUGCUGACCUGGGUCUUGCAGUCAAAUUUAACAGUGAUACGAAUGAAGUUGAUGUCCCUUUGAAUACUAGAGUGGGAACAAAACGUUACAUGGCACCAGAAGUCCUAGAUGAAAGCCUAAAUAAAAAUCAUUUCCAACCAUAUAUCAUGGCUGACAUCUACAGUUUUGGCUUGAUCAUUUGGGAAAUGGCUCGGCGUUGUGUCACAGGAGGUAUUGUUGAAGAGUACCAGUUGCCAUAUUAUGACAUGGUGCCGAAUGAUCCAUCUUAUGAAGAUAUGAGAGAGGUGGUGUGCGUCAAGCGCCUACGCCCAGUGGUAUCUAACAGAUGGAAUAGCGAUGAAUGUUUAAGAGCAGUGUUGAAGUUAAUGUCUGAAUGCUGGGCCCACAAUCCUGCCUCUAGACUUACAGCCUUGAGGAUCAAGAAGACACUUGCCAAGAUGGUGGAAUCACAAGAUGUAAAGAUUUGACAGAAUAACAUAGUACUGAGGAGCAGAGUUGGACUCCUAGAACUUUUCACCCUGAUAAGGGUGGGAACUAAGUGGGAAGAGGAAGCAACUGAGAUUCAGUCCACUUCCUCAUCUCACUUUUACAGGCUGCUAAUAUUAAAUCUUUCAGUACUUUGUAGAA